AAGCAGACGACGCAGUCUUUAAAAACGUCCAGUUAAAAAUGAAAAAUUACCUGCCUGGAUAUUAUCUUCGUAGUUUGAGGAAUAGGCCUCUUGUUGAAAUUGACGCUGAAGAAAUCAGUUCCACUAUCCAGGUUCAUCAAUAUGAAGUUCUAAAGACAAGAAAGAGAAAAAAUCUUAAAGCCUUUGAAGAAAUGAGCAAGUCAAAUAGAAUGGUCAACUAUUUGGAAAACAAAAAAGUCAGACCAAUUGAAGUACCUCUAGUCCAAGAGUUCAUUAGAAAUGCAAUUGAUGAAGAACAAUGUGUUCCAGAAACAACAGAACAUGAAGAAUUCAGCUUGACACAGACAUUAAAUAGUAUUCCAGAAUUAAGCAGUUCACCAAAUUUUGGACAAGAACCCAGUUUUCAUGACAAAGAUUUCAAUUUUCAUGACAAAGAAUUCAGUUUUCAGGACAAAGAACCCAGUAUUCAUGACAAUGUGUCAAAAUCUGGAAUGUUUGAUCCUGCACAACGAAAUACUACCUCUUUUGAUUUGCCCUUAGAAUGUCCAAGAGUUCCGAAAAUACAAUCACCAUGUGCAUCAGUCAGUACACAAACUAUUAUUUACCAGGAACGUUAUCCUGCAAAUGAGUCACGUUUGCCAAAAGCUUUCAAAGCAAAACUGAAAAAGAACCUUAUGAACUCUCUUUUGAAAAGUCCAUGUUAUAAUUCUGCUAGACUUACAGGUUUAAGUUAUAGCCAACCAUCAACUCCAAAGACACCAAUGUUUAGAUCAGUUUUGUGUGCUACACCUAGAAUGCAGAAACGGAGAAACUUUGGUACUCCAUCAUUAAGCCAGUAUAUUCCCUUUACUCCUAUGUUACAUGAAGCUGUGAAGCUGCUAGACAGCAUUCCAGAAAGAUUUGAGGAGAAUGUUGACCUGUUGAAUAUCAUAGAUGAUGAUACUAAACCAGUUGAAAUGGUGGAUAAAGAAAUUGAUUCGUACAAUGAAGUCAAUGAUGCUAACGUAGCCGAUUAUGUACUUAAUAUUGUAAAUGACUACCCCAUCCAGGAAUAUAGAGAAAUGUUUCAAAAGGUACCCAAAGUAGAGUUCAAAAAAAGAAAAUGCCAGAGAGCAAAACCAAUCUUUUUCGAGGAAUCUGAGGCAUUCAAAGAAAAAAAACGUGAAAAAGAUCGGGAAAGAAGGAAGAAAAAGAAGCAGACGUUUGAAAGAAAGUCACCUCUUGGAACUCGACGGAGUAAUCGCAAGCUGAGACCUCCACCAAGGGUAUAGGUAGCUGCAAGAAGGAUACAUCAUUCUUUAUAAAAGGACUAAAGAUCAGAUCGGGAGAUGGUACUUGAAGAGGUGUUGUUGUUCCUAUAUUUUAAAGAACAGCAAUAUAGAUUUAUUUUGGUAUCAAAGAGUCUGAAAUCAAGUACACUUUCAACUAAAAGUGAUCCAAAUACUUAUAUUGUAUUUGUAGAGAAAGAUUUGUAAGAUCGAACUUGUGUAAUAUUUUUUUUCAGACCCCAAAUGAUUGCUUCAUUUCAAUUAAUAAACUUUUUUUUUUUUAUUAAUUACUUGUACAAGUUUAAGUUGUAAGGAGACUGAUAUUAUUUUUUUUAUAUAUUUUUGUAUUAUUUUGCAUCUCAGAAAUGUCUAUUAAAAAUAUUUCAAAUAUGUUA